AUGAUAGUAUUGGGGGUGGUAGCGUUCGCUGUAGUGCUUACUUACACCAAGAAAUUUGUGUAUGGAACCGAUAUUGUCUCUAAGAAAUAUGGCGAUGCUCUGGAGAUCGCUAUGCAUUUCUUCGAUGUCCAAAAAUCUGGAAAGUUGGUGAAUAAUAAGAUAAUAUGGAGAGGGGAUUCGGCUUUAGAUGAUGGGAAUGAAGAAGGUGUUGAUCUUUCCAAAGGAAUGUAUGAUGCAGGAGACCAUAUGAAGUUUGGAUUCCCAAUGGCAUUUACUGCUACUGUUCUUUCGUGGGCCAUACUUGAAUAUGGUGAUCAGAUGGAAGUAGUGAAUCAGUUGCAACCUGUUAAAGAAUCACUUAAAUGGAUCACUGAUUACCUUGUUAAUGCUCAUCCUACACCUAAUCAACUUUAUGUCCAGGUAGGCGAUCCAGUGAAGGACCAUAAAUGUUGGGAUAGACCCGAAGACAUGACUGAAAAAAGACCUCUAAAAAAGGUAAACCCUUCAGCCCCAGGGUCAGAUGUGGCUGCUGAAACAGCAGCAGCCAUGGCUUCCGCAUCACUCAUGUUCAAGUCUAGUAAUUUGAAAUAUUCAAGUUUGUUGUUGAGUCAUGCUAAGGAAUUGUUCCAUUUUGCUAAUGAGAAUAGAGGGAGUUAUAGCGAAAACAUCCCUGAAGUUGAAGAUUAUUACAAGUCAACCGGUUAUGGUGAUGAGCUUUUGUGGGCAGCUAGUUGGCUUUAUUAUGCAAGUAAAGAUAGAAAGUAUCUUGAUUUUGUAACGGGAGAAAAUGGAGAAAAGUUUGCUAAUUGGGAAACUCCUACUUGGUUUAGCUGGGAUGACAAGCUUCCUGGAACUCAUGUUUUGUUGUCGAGGUUAAGCUUCUUUGGUCCUGAAGCUGCAGCAGAAAUAGAAAACAUGGAUAUGUACAGAAAGUCGGCAGAAGCAGUCAUGUGUAGCCUUUUGCCAGAUUCUUCAUCUGCAACAUCAAGCAGAACAAAAGGGUCUAAUAUGGGUGAACAAGUGGCAUUCUUUGCAACAGCCUAUUCCUUCUUACCAUCCGAUCUUCGCAUGUUUGCCAUGUCACAGGCGGAUUACGUAUUGGGAGACAAUCCAAUGAAGAUGAGUUAUCUUGUCGGAUACGGUGACAAAUACCCGCAAUAUGUACACCAUAGGGGAGCCUCGAUACCUGCUAAUGUAAAAACCGGUUGCAAGGAUGGUUACAAGUGGCUCGAAUCCAAGGAACCUAACCCUAAUGUUGCAACCGGUGCACUUGUUGGUGGGCCCUCCAAAGCCGAUAACUAUAUAGAUUCGCGUAAUAACUCCAUGCAAGGUGAACCGAGUACAUAUAAUAGCGCAGUUCUUGUUGGGCUCCUUUUAGGGUUGGUUUCAGUUUCAUCGGUGCCUAAAUCAUUCAAGUAA